AUGGCUCCCGACAAUAUCGUCCGCCACUGGAGAGAAGCAGAGCAUGGAACAGCAGAGACUCGAUGGGAAGAUGUUAUGCUGCAGACUUGGAUGGGCGGGAGGUAUGUUCGAUACUGGAUCGUUCGAGACGACAGCGACACCAGCAUCAUGCCAGAUAGCGCCGAUAUUAUGAGACGCAGUGCUAUGGAGGAGAUAAUCGCCAGUAGUGAGGCGCGAUUGAAAGAAGAGGAUGCUAUACGGCUCCGGAAGGGCGACUUGGAAGAAGAUAUUGACCGUGAUUCGUCGUGGGUAAAGAGACUACGUUGGGUACGGCACUUUGGCUCCCGGGACUUGCUCAGUAUCCACGACGCAGCCACAUGGGUACGAGCAAGGGCAGUAACUGGCAAUGGGGCCGAGAGAGGCGAGCAAGUAAUUCGUGAACAACUGUUACUCGGUCGACUUGGGCAGAGCUUCGACCGCGAGGUAGACCGCUGCUGCUGGCGACUCGAUAGCGUGCCGACAGAAACGCUACAGUGGCUCGCCAGUAUCACAGCAACAAGUCCGAGCGGCGUGCCGUUUGGCAAAAAAGGAAAGGAGGCAUCGAUGACCAAAUAUCGUUCCGUAGGUCACCGCUACUUAAGCUUUUGCUGGAGGUCAUGCCGUAUCGGUCGUGGAGAGGCAUUUCGACGCUGGGCUGUUCAGUUUACAGAUGAGCAGUGGAGCUUGCUGCACGAUGUUGAUGAAGAACUUGAAGGAGAUGCAUUUCCCAGCAGCCGGGAUAGUGGGUUCUGCAGCGGAAGAAAUGUAGAUACAGAUGAUGAGGAUGAAGAAGUUGGCGAGUGCGAAGAGGAGCUUGACGAUGGCGGUAUAAGCAGUCCGGAUGCGUUUGAGGAUCAGCUGCAGGAUCAGGGCGAGGUUGGGGUGAAGGCAGUACUUUCAUUUAAGGAGCAACAUGCCGUGUGGAUGUGCGUCGGUAGUCAUACCGUUAUAAGCACAAUUAUCGGGUGGAUGGCUUACGGGAAAGGACACCGCCAAAAGAUGGGAGGGCAGCCGUCGAUACGGUGGGCAGAUGACGAAGAGGCGCUGUUUCAUAUGGGUGAGGAGGUCAAUAUCGAAAAGUUCACCCGCACGCUCCGCGGUCAAGUUACAGAGGCACAAAAGAUGCUGGACCGGCUGGAGGAUCACCGACAGCAUGGUGCGGCUCGGAGCAGGUCAGUCAUUUGCAAGCAAUCCGAAGAACAGUUGGUUAGAGCCCGGGCCGGCAAAGGUGAUGCGACUGAUGGGAACGUCGAUAUGGGAUGCAGCGCGGAAUCGGUGGAAGCGGCAGAAGGUUAG